AUAAGUUAGAGGCACACACACCUUAAACUUCAACGGUCCACCCCCCUCCCUUGUUGUAAAGUUGAAGGCGGUGCCAUUGCCACAAAACCAGAGAUUCGAAUUAUGAUAGGAGGCAUAUCAGUUACUUCAACACUCUUUCCAUUCACGCGCCCCACGCGUUUCUUCUUCUCACCCACUCCUAAGCUUCAACUUCGUCUUCUUCGAGCUUCUUCUUCUUCAACGACAUUCCUUGACACCAAUCCAACAGAUUCUGUCAUAGUAGAGAAGGAAAUUACACGGAGCAGUAAUCCUUUGGCUUGUCCUGUAUGUUAUAACUCGUUGACUUGGACCACUAACCCUGCUUUAUCAAUAGAUACUAUUUCUGGAUCUAGUUUACAAUGUAGCACCUGUCAGAAAACAUAUACCAGUGACCAAACGCAUCUUGAACUCACGACAAUAAGUAAGGCUAACAACUAUGGUGAAUCAAUGCCAGCUUCCACUGAGCUUUUCAGGACGCCACUGGUAUCAUUUCUCUAUGAGAGGGGCUGGCGUCAAACCUUUUCUGUAUGGGGUGGUUUUCCAGGUCCUGAGAAAGAGUUUGAACAGAUGAAGGGCUUCCUCAAACCAGUAUUAGGUGGAAAUAUCAUCGAUGCUAGUUGUGGAAGUGGAUUAUUUUCAAGAUUAUUUGCAAAAAGUGGACUUUUUUCUUUGGUUGUGGCUCUGGACUACUCAGAGAACAUGUUAAGGCAAUGUUAUGAAUUUGUUCAGCAGAAAGAUAACUUUCCAAAAGAGAACUUCAUCUUGGUUAGAGCAGACAUAGCUAGACUUCCUUUUGUUUCAAGUUCCAUCGAUGCUGUGCAUGCAGGAGCAGCUCUUCACUGUUGGCCUUCACCAUCAGCAGCUGUAGCUGAAAUAAGUCGCGUUUUACGACCUGGAGGUGUCUUUGUUGCAACCACCUACAUACUGGAUGGGCCUUUUACCAUUGUCCCAUUUUUAAGUACAUUGCGUCAGACUAUAAAUCAAGUAUCAGGGAUCUAUACCUUUCUCUCUGAACGUGAACUUGAAGCUCUCUGCAAGACGUGCGGGCUGGUCGGAUUUAAAUGCAUUAGAAAUGGGCCUUUUGUGAUGAUUUCUGCAGCAAAGCCGAAAUAAGAUAAAAAAGCUGCAUGUUGAUAUGUUAAAGUGUGGUUUCACUUAGUACAUAAAGAUAAGCUUCAUUUAGAAAAAUGAUAUUUAGAUUCAGUUUUUCCUUAGAUUAUCCUCAUGUCAUAAGUUGGGAAGAUCGUCACUUACUUCACUUGGAAAAAGUGGUGAGUUUCGACAUAUGGUGAAAAGAGUGUCCAUCCAUGAUGACGCGUGAGAAAUUUUAGGAAAAUCUUAUUUGUAAAUAUCACAGUACCUCCAUUUGACCCUUCUACUUUAUUGUUUUAUUUUCCUUAUGUAUUUGAGGUAUCAUGAACUCCAUGAACUCAUCACAAUUCUGUAACUUGUAAUUGAAGUAAUAAAAUAUGCUUUUAUCAUUCAACUAA